AUGACGGAGGUGCAUUUCAAGUACCAUGGGAAUCUCACUGGGCGGGCCCAUUUCCCCACCCUGGCAACAGAGGUUGACACUACUUCAGAGAAGUAUUCCAGCCUGUAUAUGUAUGUGGGCUUAUUCCUGAGCCUCCUGGCCAUUCUCCUCAUCCUGCUCUUCACAAUGCUCCUUCGGCUCAAACAUGUCAUCUCACCCAUCACCUCCGAGAGCACAGAAAGUGUUCCUCAAUUUACAGACGUAGAGAUGCAGAGUCGAAUCCCCACUCCUUAAAGUCAGGAAGAAAGUGAGCUUUAAUGGAUCUCAGUGAACCCUUG